AUCAGCUUUUGCCCAGGAAAAAAUGACAGGGAAACUACAUGCUCAUUUUGGUUAGCAAAUAUCUCCGCGGGUCAAGGAUGCGGCCAGUUUACUCUUCCAAUGUAACCUUGGCGAUCUGCGAUUCCCUACUCGUCAGCGGCUCAAAAGCAUGCCCUCACAACGGUUUCUGUGCAUAUUGAUUGAUCCCACGCUCCCGGAUACCGAAACGCACCUGCUGGCGCCAUGACAUCUCCAACCGCAACCACCCUCCAGUCGCAACUAUUCUCAAACCCUGGAAGGAGGUCGAUGCGAGUGGGGGAGGGCGAAGCACCGGGGAAGAAACCGAAGAAAGCCAACAGCGAGAUUCGAAAGCAGCAGAAUCGGAUAGCUUCUAGGAACUAUCGGGAUAAGCGUAAACGAAAGCUGCAGUAUCUCCAACAACUAAUCAAGGGCGAUUCGAACAAUCAACAAGAUGCAGAGCCAUCACCCGAACAUCAUAAUGUUUACGCACGCUCACUUACGGCGGACUACGAACCAUCAGGACCGAGUUCAUCACCUUAUCAACUGCCGUCAAACAAUGACAUCGGGUCCAGGAGCUCGAGUAGCGCAUCCGUAUCUGACUCAAUACAAGCAGCCAGCGCAGCGUCAUUCGAUAGCCAUCUACUCGGUACCACACAAGCGUAUGCAGCUUUUGGGCCAAACUGGAACGCCCCUCUCUACUCUCCACCUCCGCCAUUGAAUAUGUCACCUUGGAACAUCUCACCGUGGAUGUCAAAUAUAGACGGCACUCCACGAGUACCGUCCCGUCCAGAAGUAAUCCCCCACACUACACCAUCAGGGCCACCAGUCUUCACGCAGGCGCAUGCAUCCUCACAACAACCACGCGAACUUCUGUCGGACCCGAACUACUAUACGUUUGGCUCAUCUUUCGGGUCUGAAAGCCAAACGCCCGGCAUUCCAAACGUGAGUCUGCCUAUAAGCUCGCCUUACUAUCUGGGGCUCUACCCUGGGCCGC